UACUAACAUAUAAAACAGAAAAAAAAUCACGUAUUUUCUAUUUUAUAUUCAUACAUAUGGUUGAAUUAUCUCGCAGUAAAGGAUAACCGCCUUUUGGGCUAUUUAUUAUCAUGGCGUACAUAAAAAUAGUAUGAGCUAGUUCCCAUUCGGUGAUCGACGAUAUUUCUUCCAAUAAAUUCUCGUUAUCUAUAAUGAAUCAGAGAUGAAAGGUCAAACAUAAACAUAAACUUGAAUACUAGCAAUAAUCUACAUACUAUCGUUAAUUUAUCUAUAAUUAACUGUCUACUAUUUUUAUUAUAAACCUUAUCUUUGUGGAAUAAAAAGUUUAAGUAGUCAAUCAACACUCGGUAUUUCAACAACAAUGUCAGAGAAAUGUGAAAUGGAAUUUGAUGCGGAAAUACAGAAAUUCGCCGAAGAAAAUAUCAACGAAACUAAAGAAAACAGAGAAAAUGGUAUGAAAGAAAUUACCAGAUGGUUAAUAGAAGAAAAACCUAAUUUGAAUGCACGUUUAGAACCUCGUUACAUCAUACCGUUUCUAAGGUUAUCUAAAUUCAACAUAGAAGAUGCAAAAGUUAGGUUGAUAAACUAUUAUAAUUUACGAAGAGAUAAUGCUAUUUGGUUUACGAAUCGAGAUCCAAAACUACCCGAACUAGAAGAAAUAAUUAAAUUGGGAGUAUUCGUUCCGUUAAAGCAGUUGUAUAAGAAUCAAAUGGUUGUUAUUAUAAGAACGGCCGCUCACAAUCCCAAAAUCCACUCCCAAGAGACCAUAUUUAAAGUUGAUCACAUGAUUUUGGACGUAGCCGCUUUAUUCGAAUUUGAAAUUGCGCAGAUUUUUGGAUUAAUAUCUGUAUUUGAUAUGAACGGAGUGACUUUUUGGCACGCGAAAGCUCUUACUCCGAACAUCGUUAAAAGAGCCGUAGCCGCGUGGCAGCAUUAUCAUAUCGCUUCAAAAAGUUACGAAUUUAUAAAUUCGCCCGGAUAUUUGAAUGUCAUUCUGAAUAUUUUCAAAUCUUUUAUGACCGAUAGUAUGAAGAAAAGUACUAAAGUGCAUACCAACGGUUUGAAAAGUUUACAUACGUUCGUCGAUAAAGAAAUUUUGCCAGAAGAAUAUGGCGGCAGCGCGGGAAAAUUGGAGGAUUUGAUAAAUUUUUGGCACGAUAAAGUAUUAAGUAAAAGGGAUUGGUUUUUAGAGGAUAAUAAAUAUAGAAGUGAUUGAG